AUCCGUGUCGCCGCGGUUCUUACCGAAUUAAGUUUCUGGAAGGAUUUUACUUGAUACAUAUGUCUAGACAUUUCCUGGACUUGUGGGCAAGUCCUCCGGCGCUUACUAGUGAGCACGCUCUACCGUGCUUGGGCCCAUAGGAAGCAUCUCAUAUGCGCAGUCUACACAUCGUCUCAGGGGAGGAUUAUUCAUCGCCUGAUACAUUCGAGAAGCCAGCCAGCCAGAUCAGUUCGGCGCCCUUUCGUUCAACCCGGGAUCCGGCGGAGUUGGUGUUGGCAAUGGGUCUUGCUUGUCCUGUUGCCUCUUUUGCCUCUGUUGCUACACUCACUGUUGUGAAAUGUCUGGGCACUUUACAAGGAAACGCCUCGCCAGUUCAAGGUGAAAGAAUGCGACCAGUAAACUCUAUACACCCAACGGCCCUGUUUCGCAGCCGCGAAGAUAGAAACGGGCCUGAAAUGUCACCAAUCGUAAUGGCAAUGUGGCAAAUUAUGAAACGAUUGAAUGAACAAUUAUACCACACUAGAGGUAGAGGUAUAGGCAUCACACAAGGGCGGAUGAAUUUGGAGGCAGGCAUUACUGUGGUUGAAACCUCCGAUCAGCACUACCUUGAGUCGGAGCAGUCGAGAUCAGUACCGCACCUGAUGAGACCGCGCAAAGGUAUAUGAUCUGACGCUCGACGCGUGAUUGCGACCGAGUUCCUGCUACGGCUAGACGGUAGGAGAUC